AUGCCGCAAAGCCCUUUCCAUUCCCCACCCCCGCCCCGUCUCUCCUCUUCGCUUUCGCAUACGCCCUCCCCCCCCGCCCCUCACCGCUCACCUAUCGUACCUGCACCUUUCUGCCCCAACCCCCGCUUCCUGAUGUCCCGUCGCACCGCUCCGGCGUUUUCGGACACCCUGCGCUGGAACUCAUUUAAUAGUGCGCGACGGCACUCCCACGGCCACUCGUUCCUUCCGCGGCGUCUCGAUGCCGCCCACGUCAAGCCAUCCUCACACGCCCUCAGAUCUUCCCUUUUCGAGGCUCUAGACCAAGCCCGCUUCGACCAAGUCCGCCGCGCCAUUUCCGCCUCCCCAGAUGCUCUCCUCGCCACCUCGACUCCUCGCACAGCCCUCGCCGUCAACGCCUCGUCGGAAACCCUCUCCGUCGUUGAAUACGCCCUCAACAAUUGCCGAACAUGGCUCGCCCUCAUCCAACAUUGCCAGCGUACCGGUAUAGCCACCUCCUCCACCAUUGGCGACUUUACUUUCCGUGAACGCCUCUCUUCCAUGAGCUUGAUCCUCGUUUGGCUCCUCUCCGUCCCAGGUGUCCCGCCACCCAAGCACUCACCACUGCACACCGCAAUUUCGUGCAAGUUCGACGCCGUGUGCGCCGCCCUGCUCAAAAAAUACCCCGUCCUCGCCACAAGUACCGAUGCUCGAGGGAAAACCCCGCUGCACAUCGCAUGCGGCAUGUCGUCGCAGAUGUCGCCCGCGCACACCGCUGCUUACAUCCGCUUACUCAUCACCGCGGGAGCAGACGUCAAUGCAGUGGACGUCGAACGCCGCACCCCCCUGCACGAUCUCGUCGCCUCGCUCAACGUUGCCGCCCCGGCAUACGGUCUCGUGCGAAGACGCCGUCUCCUGACGAGUCUGAGCAGCGUGCUCCCGACUCUGAAUGAGAUGCUCAUCAACGGCGCAGACAUGUACUUACCGGACGCCAGCGGCGACAGUGCGAUGGAUGUGGCGCUGGCGGGCGGGACUGAUUAUCUCGUCAUGGCGAUUCGGGCAAAUUGGUUGUACGAGCGAAUAUGCGAGAGUGAGUAUGCGGCGAGGGUUUGUGCAGAGCAGGGAUCGGGAACGAUUGCAGGGCUGUGGGGAACACUUCCGGAGGACGUGGUUAUGAAGAUACUGCGAAAGCUCUCCCCGAAGGAUGCGGUUGGAGGGAUUGGGGCUACUUGUCACGGGUUAAGACGGAUCGCCGUGUCGAAGCAUGUGUGGUUCCGGUACACGACCAAUUAUUCCAUGGCGGUUAUUAGGGAAUCGCUCAGGAAGAGAACAGAGCGAGAGGAGAGCGCCGCGAGUGCGGGUUGA